GCCGGGGCCCUUGACCAUGGGCAUCGCCGAGUCCACGCCGGACGAGCUGCCGUCGGAUGCGGAGGAGCAGCUGCGCAACGGCGAGCAGCAACUGGAGCUGAGCGGGCGGCGAUUGCGGCGGCUGCCUAGCGCCGUGUGCGCGCUGAGUCGCCUGCAGAAGCUGUACGUGAGCGGCACGGGGCUGCGCGAGCUGCCCGAGGAGAUCGAGGAGCUGCGCGAACUGCGCAUCCUGGCGCUCGACUUCAACAAACUCGAGCGCCUGCCCGACGGCCUGUGCCGCCUGCCGCGCCUCACGCGCCUCUACCUGGGCGGCAACCGGCUCCUGGCGCUGCCUGCCGACUUCGCGCAGCUGCAGAGCCUGCGCUGUCUCUGGAUCGAGGGCAAUUUCCUGCGGCGCUUCCCGCGACCGCUGCUGCGCCUGGUGGCGCUGCAGUCGCUGCAGAUGGGCGACAACCGGUUGCGCGCGCUGCCCGCCGAGCUGCCGCGCAUGACGGGCCUGCGCGGCCUCUGGCUCUACGGGAACCGCUUCGAGGAGUUCCCGCCCGCACUGCUGCGCAUGGGCCGCCUGCACAUCCUCGACCUGGACCGCAACCGCCUGGGCGGCUUCCCCGACUUGCACCCGCUGCGCGCCCUGCGCGUCUUCUCCUACGACCACAACCCGGUCACUGGACCCCCGCGAGUCGCCGACACCGUCUUCCUCGUGGGCGAGGGCGCCGUCGAGCGCAUGGCCGAGCGCGACGAGCCCACGCCCCGGCCUCCGUCCCGCCGCCCAGCGCGGGCCUUUGAGGAUGAGGAAGAAGAAGACCUGCUCAUUGGGGGCGGUGGUCCCCGGGCUCUGGGUCCCCCUGGCGGCAGCCUGCGCGCCCUGGAAGCCGCUCCAGAACUGGGCACCUGAGCUAAGGCGCUGGGUGAUGGACUUCGGCCAUUCUGGGAGGAAGAGCUCUGGGAAGGUCUGUGGGACCGGUGGGCCCCGAGCUGGGGAAGCUGCAGGGGACAGGCAGGCUGGGGGCCACCUUCAGACGGUCCCGAGUACUCAGGAGACUGCCCCGUGGCCGCUGAGUUCUGGGCAGUUGGCAGGCCAAGAAGGUCGGCUCUGUGCAGUCCCCUGUGGCUCCGUCCAGUCUCUGAAAGUUACGUGCCACGGGGCAGAGGUGCCAGCUUCCUCCCGGAGCCAGGGGCACCACGGCCCCCCGCAUCGUCCCCUUUGGCUGAGCCUGGGUGCUCUGGGCACUCACCCCUGCCCCCUCUCCAGGAGUCUGGCUGUCCUGGGCCCAACCUUCCCCGGGCAGGAGCUGCUAUGGUGGCAGGACAGCACCCCCUCUGAGGAGGACCCGGCCAGGGGGUAGGGCUUGGCGGUGGGCGGGUGUCCAGGACAGAAUUGGGGCUCGGGGGCCCUAACACGGCAGCUGCCCUCGGCCCCUCGGGGGCUCAGCUUACACUAUACCUCCCACUCCUGCCACCCUGCGAUUUGUGUGGGGGAGGGCCAUGAGGGCAGGGUCUUCUCCCCUGUGCCCCCUGUGCUUUUCUCUUAGCCUGUGCCUGGGAUCUCGCUGGGAGGAGAGAAGGCCUCUCUUCACCACAGCCCGAGCCUUCCAGCUGUCAAGUCUGAAAAGAAGCCACGGUGCCUGGUGCCUCUAGGGCCUCCUGCCCCAGAGGCUCUCCUCGGGGAGGCUGCUCCAGCGCCUCUCGCCGCCUGCACUCUCCAUUCCCUUAAAUGGGCACAGUCAGGGUGGCUGGCACGGCCAGGGGCACGGGCGAGCUCUGUGUGCCGCCCGCUCCCUCAGCAGGGACAGCCUCAAGGGGGUGAGGAGUGGGGCCACUCCCAGGGCCAGACCUUCCCCAGCCCAGCAAUAAUGGGGAGAGGGGCCAGCUGCGGGACACUCAGGGACACUCGGGGCAGGGCCCCGCAGGGGUAGUGUUUUCUUUAGGAAGAAAAAAACUGGCUGUAAACAUAAAUUAUAUUUCUUGGAGAAAGACUAUGCAUUUCCCACAUGCCUGUUUAUUUAUAAGCCCUGGGAGCCUCAGGUCCCUUGCUGGGGGGACCCUGGGCUCCCUCUGGCACGGCCUCUGUCCACGUGGCCCAGCUCUGCGUCAGGCGGCCCCGGCCACUGUUGUGUCCUGUCUGGGCGACACGGCUUGUGUCCCAAGUGGCUUCGGCUGCUCAGGGUGUAGCUCCUCCCCGUCAGCCCCCGCGCCCCCCUCUGCAGCCUUCUCCAGCUCAGUCCUCAGGCUCUGGGGCUUUACGUCUAUUUUCGAAUCUCCCUCCAGCUGGCCUGAGCUUUCUCUUUCCUGUCACUGGUACUGUACCCCUCCCUCCCGCACCCUGACCCCCUUCAUCUCUC